ACCAUUUCUUCAUUAUUUUACCUACAUUACAACAAAGAUAAAAAUAAGCAGUUAAAUAGAGAUAAAAAUAAGCAGUUAGAUAGAGAGAGAGGUAAAAAAAUGGAGCCUGCAAAAGGUCCUUGAGAAGACCACCAGCAGGAAUAAGAGAGAAAAAAGCAACACACAUAUGCACGCACACGCAUAUAGAUAUAGAUAUGAGAGAGAAAGCGUGUAAGUAUUGUGGACGGUGUUAGUGUGGAAAAGGGAGCUAUUUUACAAUUUUGAAAAGGAGAGAGAAUUGCUGCUAGCAUUUGGUCUGUGUGCUGUCCUCAACAUUCACUCCCCAUUCCCAAAGCUCCUCUUGUCUUGUCUCAAAAGUGCCUUUCUUCCUCUGCAUCCCCACCUCUCGCCGGAGAUUUCUCCCGGCGCCGGCACCGGCGCCAUGGAAAAAUUGCCGACACUUUACUGAAAACUUCAAAACUUUUCUAGUUUCCCUUUCCCCUUUUUAUUAGGAUUAUUGUUCUCAUCAGCUGGGAGGUAAGUAAAGGGGAAUGUGUGUUUUGAUCGCGUUAAAAGGUUGAAGGAUUUGAUUUUCCCUUUUUGUCUGAUUGUUUCUUGUCCCGCGAGAUGAGGGACCGGUGAGGAAAAAACCCCGGCAGAUAACUCGAGCUGGAAAACAGCAGAGCUCCCGGAGGCACCAAUUUAUGCACAAGUAAAAUGAAGACGGCGACCGCCGGCGCCGGAGCUCAGCAGGCAAGCGCCUCCGCUUCCACAUCCGCUGCUGAAGCGGAAACUGAGAAGAAGAAUAUAAACAGCGAGCUAUGGCAAGCGUGCGCAGGCCCACUGGUUAACCUACCGGCGGCUGGGACCCACGUAGUCUAUUUCCCUCAAGGCCACAGUGAACAGAAGAUGAAGAUUUACAUCGUGUAUAAUCUACUGGUACGCGUCUUGACUGUUAGUGAAGUUGUGUUGCAGCUGCUAACCUCUGUGCUGGAGAGAUUGACUGAAGUUUUGUCUUUGUUUAAGCCGAAUAGCAAUAUUGUUAUGGUUGCAGCAUCUACGAAAAAGGAUGUUGAUGCUCAAAUCCCAAACUACACAAAUCUACCCUCAAAACUGUUAUGCCUCCUUCACACAGUCACGCUGCAUGCUGAUCCAGAAACUGAUGAAGUUUAUGCUCGGAUGACCCUCCAGCCAGUGUCCUCGUUUGACAAGGAUGCUUUACUGAGGUCAGAUUUAUCAAUCAAAGUUCACAAGCCCCAGACAGAGUUUUUCUGCAAAACCCUGACAGCAAGUGAUACCAGCACUCAUGGGGGUUUUUCCGUGCCUCGUCGUGCAGCAGAAAAGAUUUUCCCUCCACUGGACUUCACAAUGCAACCGCCUGCACAAGAGCUUGUGGCCAGAGAUUUGCACGAUAAUGUGUGGACUUUUCGUCAUAUUUACCGUGGGCAACCUAAACGUCACUUGCUUACGACCGGGUGGAGCCUUUUUGUCAGUGGAAAGAGACUAUUCGCUGGUGACUCAGUUUUAUUCAUUAGGGACGAAAAGCAGCAGCUCCUUUUGGGCAUAAGACGGGCCAACAGGCAGCCGACCAAUUUAUCAUCGUCCGUUUUGUCUAGUGAUAGCAUGCACAUAGGCAUUCUAGCAGCAGCUGCCCAUGCCGUUGCCAAUAACAGUCCUUUCACCGUGUUUUAUAACCCAAGGGCUAGCCCGUCGGAAUUUGUGAUCCCUCUUGCCAAGUACUACAAAGCCACUUGCAGUAACCAGAUAUCUCUUGGCAUGCGCUUUCGCAUGAUAUAUAUGGGUACGGUUACGGGAAUCAGCGACUUGGAUCCAGUCCGGUGGAAAAACUCUCAAUGGCGCAACUUACAAGUCGGGUGGGAUGAGUCGACAGCUGGCGAAAAGCGUACCCGUGUCUCCAUCUGGGAGAUUGAACCCGUAACUGCCCCAUUUUUCAUAUGUCCCACACCGUCUUUCUUCUGCCCUAAGCGUCCAAGACAACCAGGAAUGCCAGAUAACGACCCUACUGAUCUCGACAGCAUAUUCAGGCGUACAAUGCCGUGGAUUGGGGACGACUAUGGCUUAAAAUACCCACAAUCACUCCCAGGCCUCAGCCUAAUUCAGUGGAUGAACAUGCAGCAGAAUACGUCCCUCAAUAACCCCAUGCAACCCAACUACAUGGGCUCGGUUUUACAAAACUUGACCAGCACGGAUAUCUCACGCCAGCUAGGCCUGUCGGCAGCUCAAAUGCCACCUCAGCAGAGCAACAUGCAGUUCAAUUCUCAAAGGCCAAGCCAACCAACACAACAACUGGACCAACUCCAGAAGCUGCAACCUUCUUUAACAAACCCGUUGGGCUCAAUUGUGCAACCUCAUCAACAGCAGUUGACCGAUAUAAGUCAACCGAGACAGAUUUUGACCAGUCAAACUUUGCCAACUGGCCAAGGGCCAAGUAGUAGUUCUAUUGCAGCUCAGAAUGUUUUUCAACAGCCACAACAGCUUCAGAGAAAUUUUCCGCAAAAUCUAAUGCCAGCACAGAUGUCAGAUCCAAUGUUGUCAGAAAAUCAAUUACAGACACAGCUUCUUCAGAAGCUCCACCAGCAGCAACAGUCACUCUUAGCACAUCAAUCAGUCAUGCCACAGCCAGCUCCCGAGCUUUUGCACUUUCACGAUAAUCAAAAGCUUCAGGUUUUGGACAUCCCACAAAACUUCCCUAGGCCUACUAUGCCAUCUACUCAAACUUUGGACCCAUCUCACGGAACAGUUACAUCGACAUCUGUUAUGGUCCCAUCCCCAAACAACUGUCCUAAUAAUGUGCAGUCAAUUUUGGGGGAAGAAGUUCCCCAGUCUUCGGUUCCAUUAUUGAGUCCAAGCGCUUUAGAGACUGUUCCUUCGAACGGGGACAUAACAAAAGAAUUGCAAAGAAAUGCUGCUUAUGUGAAGCCGUCAAUGAAUGUAUCCAAAAAUCAAAGUCCAGGCAUUGUGGACAGCUCUUCCUCUGCAACAUCGGUGCUUUCUCAGAAUGAGGUCCAGAUGUUGAACUCGCAAUCGAUGUUACUUAGGGAAGUGGGCCCGGAAGAUAGCCAGCUGGAGAUGCCCAUGAUUCCUGAGAACAUGAUGGCCAAUAACGUGGUGGAGCCCUAUAAGGACUUGCAGGCGGCUAAUAGGUCAAGCUACGAGAACCAAAAGGAGGGGCAGGCUGAGCUGUCGACUUCUAUGGUUUCACAGUCGUUUGGGGUUCAAGAUAUGGCCUUCAACUCCAUUGACUCGUCGAUCAACAAUGGUGGCUUCAUGAAUAGGAGUGCAUGGGCCCCAUCACAGAUACCACGGAUGAGGACGUAUACCAAGGUGUACAAAAGGGGGGCCGUUGGAAGAUCGAUUGACAUCACUCGUUACUCGGGCUAUGAUGAGCUGAAACAGGAUCUGGCGCUUAGAUUUGGCAUUGAGGGACAGCUGGAGGACAGGCAGAGGAUAGGGUGGAAGCUUGUGUAUGUUGAUCAUGAGAAUGACGUCUUACUUGUUGGUGAUGAUCCAUGGGAGGAGUUUGUGAGCUGUGUACGUUGCAUAAAGAUCCUUUCGCCUCAAGAGGUCCAGCAGAUGAGCUUGGAUGGCGAUUUUGGGAACAAUGUUCCCACGAACCAAGCUUGUAGUAGCUCAGACAAUGGUGUGAAUUAGUUUGAAUAUACGUACAAUGCCAACUUAUUCUUCUUCCACGUGGAAAUAUUAAAAAUGGCAAGAGCUUUGUGCCAACCAGCUCUCAGACUUUUCUGGCUGGACUUGAAGGGGGACGGGAGUUGAGCUGUGUUAUUGACCUUAAUGGAUUGCAUGCGAAAAACAUCUUUUGUGGCUCUAUUCCUGCCUUCCUGGCAUGGGCGAAGGUUCCGUCCCCCUUGUUUUUAGGACGAAGCACAAAUGUAGAAAUAGAACUAAGGUUUUUAUUUAACAUUGUCCUCAUUGGAGCUUUUAGGUUUUUUGCUCGAGGCAAUAUGUCUAUAUCCCGCUUAAGAAUUGGCUUCAAUAGAAAGAAAGUGUGAGUUGCUUCUUGUAGUCAAUUGGAUAUAUGAUAAUCAAGUCGAUGUGUCUUAAAUAUCGGUCCACCAAGAUUAUCGUUUGAACCGACUCGUCUCGAUUGCCUCGUACCAUGUACUGGAUCAACCAACAAAAUAGUGCCCGGGGCGAGCCCUAGCAUAGAGACUUGAUGCUCAUGUUGAAAAUCUUAUUCUCUGUAGUGCGUCGUUCGAUUAUUAAGAGAUUGCUCGUUUAUUUAAUUACUUGAGUGCAUUGCACUGUCUGCCUAUCUCAUUAAUUGGUUUUAUUUAGCUCGACUAAUUUACUAUUAAGUUCAAUAAGAUUAAUUAGAUGUCCUCG